GUAGAUUUUCAGUGGAAGCUGGGUAUGGCUGUGAGCUCGCACAGUUGCAGAUCUCUCAAGUAUCCUUAUGUUGCAGUGAUGCUAAAAGUGGCAGAUCAUUCGGGCCAAAUAAAGAACAAGUCCUUUGAGAUGACUAUACCACAGUUCCAGGAGAAAAAGAAAUCACAAUUUGGAGCAACUCUUUUAAAAGAUACCUUGUACAUGGCUUAA